GAGGAGUUGCGGUUCUGUGCGGAGGAGCUACGGUAAAUGCCCCUGUGGAUUCGUCUUCGCCAGAAGCUCCGGAAGGACCUCUUGCGAACCUUGAUGACCAUUCUCCCAUCCUCUUCUUUUUGUUCUUUCACAAGGCUAUUCGCCUGGAGCUCGACUCACUUCACCACUCAGCCUUGGCCUACGCCACUGGACAGUUAUCUGAUAUACAGCCGUUGCUCCAGAGAUACCGGUUCCUCAGAUCAGUUUACAAGCAUCACUCCGAUGCUGAGGAUGAGGUAAUGUUUCCUGCUCUUGAUAUACGUGUAAAGAAUAUAGCUCGUACUUACUCAUUAGAGCACAAGGGUGAAAGUGAUCUUUUUGAUCACUUAUUCGAACUCCUAAAUUCCCAAGACCAGAGUCAUGAAAGUUUUCCACGGGAAUUAGCAUCUUGUACAGGUGCAUUGCAGACUUCUGUUUGUCAACAUAUGUCAAAAGAGGAAGAACAGGUCUUUCCUUUGCUCAUUGACAAGUUCUCAGUUGAAGAGCAGGCGUCACUUGUUUGGCAGUUUCUAUGCAGCAUUCCUGUGAAGAUGAUGAGAAAAUUUCUUCCUUGGCUUUCAUCAUCUAUUUCUUCAGACGAAUUUCAGGAUAUGCAAAACUGUUUAUCUAAAAUUAUCCCAAAAGAAAAACUUCUCCAACAGGUGAUUUUCACCUGGAUGGAGGGUAGGGAGUGCAUCAAUAUGUUUGAAUCUCAUGAUGGUGAUGCUCGGAGUAGAAGUUCUGUUGAGCUUCAGCCUGGUGCAAAAACUCAUAUUGCUGGAAAAGUGUCAUGUGCUUCUGGAUCUUCAAAGACGGGGAAAAGAAAACAUUUUGGACCAACUUGUGAUGCUUGUGACACUGAUUUGGGGCAUCCUAUAAAUGAGAUCUUGCAUUGGCACAAUACUAUAAAAAGAGAAUUAGAUGAACUUGCUUCAGAGGCUAGAAAGGUUGAGCUGUCGGGAGACUUAUCUAAUCUUCAGCCUUUCUAUGAGAGACUCCAGUUCAUAGCUGAUGUUUGCAUAUUUCACAGUGUUGCUGAAGACAAGGUCAUAUUCCCGGCUGUAGAUGGGGAAUUUUCCUUCUCUCAUGAACAUGUGGAAGAAAAGAGUCAAUUUAAUGAGCUCCGUUUGAUGAUUGAAAACAUUCAGAGUACGGGCAUCAAUUCAGAUUCAGCUGCUGAGUUUUUCCCAAAAUUAUGUCUUCAUGCUGAUUUAAUUAUUGAAACAAUUAAAAAGCAUUUUCAUGACGAGGAAGUUCAGGUUCUUCCACUUGCUAGAAAACAUUUUUCCAAGAAGAAACAGAGAGAAAUCUUGUACGAAAGCAUGUGCCUUAUGCCACUGAAGUUGACUGAGCGCGUAUUGCCAUGGCUGGUUGGCUCAUUGACUGAGGAUGAAGCUAAAAACUUUUUAAAUAAUAUGCAGUUAGCGGCUCCUGCAUCUGAUGCUGCCCUUGUAACACUUUAUUCUGGUUGGGCAUGUAAAGGGCGGAACCGUGGUGUAUGUUUAUCUUCUAAUUUCAUCUCUGACCAGAAAGUAAAUUCAAUUCAAGGGUCUUGUCCAUGCUCACUCUCUAUGCAGACAGAUGAUCAUUGUAAGAGGCCAUUGAAAAGAAAUCUUUCAGUCCUUGGCAUGAAUGGCGAAUCAUCUGAUGACUCAUCUAAAGGCUUAAAUGAUCAGUCUUGUUGUGUCCCCGGAUUGGGAGUUAGUGGUAACAAUUUGGGAUUAAGUACUAUUUCUACUCAAAAAUCUUUCCGAUCCCUGUCCUCCAGCCCUGCUCCUUCUCUAGACUCUUCCCUCUUUUUUUGGGAAACAGAAAAGAUAUCUUCCAAUAUUGAUAUUGAAGUCCAUCCGAUUGACACCAUAUUCAAAUUUCAUGUCGCAAUACGGAAAGAUUUGGAAUAUCUUGACGUGGAAUCAAGUAAGCUGAGCAAUUGCGAUGAUACUUUUCUUCGUCAGUUCAUUGGCAGGUUCCGUCUGCUUUCAGGAUUAUACAGGGCCCACAGCAAUGCUGAGGAUGAAAUUGUUUUCCCAGCUCUUGAAUCUAAAGAGGACCUUCACAACGUUAGUCAUUCGUACACAUUAGACCAUAAGCAGGAAGAGAAAUUAUUUGAAGACAUAUCCUGUGCCAUUUCUGACCUUUCAGUACUUCACAAGCAGUGCUAUAAAGCUGAAGAUUCUCAGAGUAGUAGUAUCAAGUCUUUUACUGGGAAAUAUCAUGAACUUGCCACACGAGUUCAAGGAAUGUGCAAAUCACUAAGAGUGAGCCUAGAUCAGCACAUAUUUAGGGAAGAACUUGAACUAUGGCCACUUUUUGGCAAACAUUUCUCUCUUGAGGAACAAGACCGGAUUGUUGGAUGUAUUAUUGGAACUACUGGGGCUGAAGUUCUUCAGUCUAUGCUUCCUUGGGUAACCUCUGCUCUAACUCAGGAUGAGCAGAAUAAAAUGAUGGACACAUUAAAGCAAGCAACAAAGAAUACCAUGUUUAGUGAAUGGCUUAAUGAAUGUUUGAGGAGAACUCCUGAAAUAUCUGUUGCACCUGAUACGCAAAAUGGCAAUACCAGUGUUGAUUCUCAUGAAGGCUUGGGCCAGAGUGAUUUGAUGUUUAAACCAGGAUGGAAAGACAUUUUUCGCAUGAACCAAACUGAAAUCGAGUCUGAAAUUAGAAAGGUUCAUAAGGACUCAACUCUUGAUCCGAGGAGAAAGGCCUACUUGAUUCAAAAUCUUAUAACUAGCCGUUGGAUAGCCUCUCAACAAAAAUCACAUGCAUCAACAGAUGAUGUUUCUCAUUCUGAAGACUUGGCUGAAUGCUCGCCAUCAUUUCGAGAUCGAGACAAAAGAGUUUUAGGAUGUGAACAUUACAAGAGAAACUGUAAGCUUCGGGCAGCUUGCUGUGGCAAAUUGGUUACAUGUAGGUUUUGCCACGAUGAAGUGAGCGACCACUCAAUGGAAAGGAAAGCAACAGUAGAGAUGAUGUGCAUGCGUUGCUUGAAGGUUCAACCAAUUGGACCGGUUUGCAUGACACCAUCAUGCAAUGGAUUUUCUAUGGCAAAAUACUAUUGCAGCAUUUGCAAGUUCUUUGAUGAUGAGAGGUCUGUAUAUCACUGCCCAUCAUGCAAUUUAUGCCGUGUUGGGAAAGGUCUUGGAAUUGACUUCUACCAUUGCAUGAAAUGCAACUGUUGCAUGGGAAUUAAUUUGGUUGAGCACAAAUGUUUGGAGAAAGCCCUUGAAACAAAUUGUCCAAUUUGUUGUGAAUUUUUGUUUACUUCUAGUGCAACAGUGAGACCUCUACCUUGUGGUCAUUACAUGCAUUCUGCUUGCUUUCAGGCAUAUGCCUCGAGUAAUUACAUUUGUCCAAUAUGCAGCAAAUCAAUGGGUAAUAUGGCGAUAUAUUUUGGAAUGAUUGAUGCUUUGUUGGCAAAUGAAGUCCUUCCAGAGGAAUACAGGAAUCGCCAGCAGGAUAUCCUUUGCAAUGAUUGUGAAAAGAAAGGUGUGGCAAGCUUCCACUGGCUAUACCACAAAUGCGCACAGUGUGGCUCUUAUAACACAAGAGUCAUGUAGAUUGAUUGAAGUGUUCGCUCUCCCGGUCUGCGGUUAUAUUGUUUUAGGUUUGUGUACAUAGUGUAUAUAUUCUGUAGAAUUUCCCUCUCUUGUCAAUAUCCAACCAAGAGCUAGUUACUUCUGUGCACCCAUCUGCAACUUCAGCCAUGUCUUAGUGUUUGGACAUUAUAGAUGUUCCUAAUUUUAUGACCCCAUUUGUUUUGACGAUUGUGUAUCGCUUCCACUUUCCUGUGGUUUUUGUUUUAUAUGAAAUGUUCGAUAUGGAAUUUGACCUUGUGAAA